AUGACGCAGCCAACGUUGGUGUUUAACUACGACAUCUCCUGUCCGUUCGCUUACAUUGCUUCGACGCGCGUUAAAGCACUCGCUGAUCGCACGAAUUCCAAGCUCAUAUAUCGCCCUGUGCUUCUCGGUGCGAUCUAUCGCGCAACCGCGGCACCUCAGGGCGCUGCUGGGUCAGCAAGUGAUGUGUUCAAUCCAACGAAGAAAUCUGUUACGGCGCAAAGUAUGCAAAGGACUUUGAAAAGAUACAAAAUUAAAUAUUCGCCACCUCCCGAGCAUCCGAGGAAGAGUGUGAAUGCAUUGCGACUUCUUUACUGUGUCCCAGACGGGGAGGAGCGCCGUAUUCUGUCAGAAAGGCUGUUCGCCGCAUAUUGGGCCAACAAUGAAGAUGUGACCAACACCGAGGUGCUGAUCAAGAUCGCUAAAGAUAGUGGCAUCACAAGCGCGUCAGCUCUCAACGAGAAUAGUUUCGCUAGCGCAGAAGCAAGAAAAGAGCUCGAGACAGCGACUUCUGAGGCUAUUGAAAGAGGUGCUUUCGGCGUGCCUGGCUUUUGGAUCCCUGGAGCGAAGUGGACAGACACCAGCGGUGAGACCAAAACCGGUAGAUUCUUCUGGGGCCAAGAUCGCAUGCACUUCGUCGAAGCGACCUUAUUAUCAUUUCGUAACAAUAGUCAGUGGAAAGAUGUACCGAGGCUAGCGACUUUAAUGCCUCGCUGCAUCCCAUACAAUCAGCGCAAGCUCUCGCGAGUAACCAAGCUUGAGUUCUGGUACGACUGCAGCAGUCCAUGGGCUUUCCUUGGCUACACACAACUCCCACGCCUCCAGCGUAUCUUCGGAUCCAACCUUGAGAUUGUCAUGAAGCCUUUCCUACUUGGUAUACUGUUCCGUGAGAUUGGUGCACCUAACAUGCCCAUGCUCGCUGUGAGCCCCACAAAAGCGGCGUGGUCGACGCAAGACCAUGCAGACUGGACAGCGUACUGGAAUGCUGUCAAUGCUUCAGAAGGAUACAAGGACAAGGAAAUCGCCUUCCACUGGGCGGAUGUCUUUCCCAUACGCACGCCCACAUUGCUACGAGUUGCCAUUGUGGAGCCGGCGACUGUUCCCUUGUUGUACUCAGCAUGCUGGGAGCAGAACGCUAAUGUUUCGGAUGAAAGCGUCCUCGUCAGCGUACUUGACAAAGCUGGCUAUAACGGCGCCGAUUUGCUUGCAAAAGCCAACGAUCCUAUCAUCAAAGCUAAACUGCGCGAGAACACCGCGGCGGCCAAAGCUGCAGGUAUCUGUGGAGUCCCUACGUACCGCGUACUCCAUCAAGACGGGAAUGGCCAAUGGCAAACGCUCGGUGGUUUAGUAUGGGGCCAGGAUGAGACGAAUGUUGUUGAAGACUUGAUUGUUGGCUGGGACCCAGAACGCUCAACUCAGGUUGCAGAGCCACAGAAGACAAAUGGCGGCACGAAAGGUGCGGUGAAACUUUAG